UGCGAGCUAAGGUUUGGGGAGUCGGUAGGGGGACCGCGAGUGGAGCGCGGGAGCCCGGGCGGCCGGCGGGUGUGAGCUGCCCGAAAAUGCACUCGGAUGCUGCAGCUGUCAACUUUCAGCUGAACUCUCAUCUCUCAACACUGGCAAACAUUCAUAAGAUCUACCAUACCCUUAACAAGCUAAAUCUGACAGAAGACGUUGGCCAAGACGAUCACCAAACAGGAAGCCUGCGCUCUUGCAGUUCUUCGGACUGCUUUAGCAAAGUGAUGCCACCCAGGAAAAAGAGAAGACCUGCCUCUGGAGACGACUUAUCUGCCAAAAAAAGCAGGCAUGACAGCAUGUAUAGGAAAUACGAGUCAACUAGAAUAAAGACUGACGAAGAAGCUUUCUCCAGUAAGCGGUGCCUGGAGUGGUUUUAUGAAUAUGCAGGAACUGAGGAUGCGGUGGGUCCUGAAGGCAUGGAGAAGUUCUGUGAAGACAUUGGUGUUGAACCAGAAAAUGUAGUCAUGCUUGUCCUAGCCUGGAAACUGGAUGCACAAAACAUGGGCUACUUUACUCUACAGGAGUGGCUGAAAGGAAUGACUUCCCUACAAUGUGAUACAACAGAAAAACUCAGAACUACUUUGGAUUACUUAAGAUCAUUAUUAAACGAUACAACAAACUUUAAGCUCAUUUACAGAUACGCGUUUGACUUUGCACGGGAAAAGGACCAACGCAGCCUAGACAUAAACACUGCCAAGUGCAUGUUGGGACUGUUAUUAGGAAAAAUCUGGCCCCUUUUUCCAGUUUUUCACCAAUUCUUAGAGCAAUCAAAAUACAAAGUGAUAAACAAAGACCAGUGGUGCAAUGUUCUGGAGUUCAGCAGAACGAUUAGUCUCGACCUCAGCAACUACGAUGAAGACGGAGCAUGGCCCGUUUUGUUGGACGAAUUUGUGGAAUGGUAUAAAGACAAGCAGAUGUCCUAGGACCUUAUGCCUGGCAGCGAGAGUCACUGUUCCCACGGUUAUGUCACCCAUUAGCCAUAAACUGCUGUCUGUAUGGAAGCGCAUGCUGCUUUUCUUACACUGCCGGCCUCUAGCAGGCAGGCGUGUCUCGGUGUUUGCUAUUGAAUGGGCCGCCCUGCUUGAUGUAGCAUUGUUCUCUUGGAGGCUGCUCUGCAGUUCGUUUUCACACUACAGAUUGGUGAAUUUGCCAACGUCCUCACUGUGAUUAUGUGUAUAUUGCUGUUUAAAUUUUGUAUAUGUGUAUAAAAUGAAAAGCUUCACCU